AUGGACCUCGAGGGAAAGGACUGGGAAAUCGCUCGGGCUGUCAAGAAUCCCGACCGUGUGCGCGAGCUUCUGUCGCAGGGGCAUAAGCCAGAUGCCUUUGACGUCUGUGAAGCAGCGCGUCACGGGGCUUUAUGCGCGGGUGCGUUAGAGACAGUUGAAAUUUUGCUGGCUACUGGUGACAUUGAUGCAAAUACUAGACCAGAUUACGCGGACCUCACCAAUACGGCAGGAGUAGAGGAGGGUUGGGCCAGCGGCGCUAACAGCUCUCUUCCCCCCAAAAUCUACAAGGAUCCAGACGAGUGGUAUCCUCUUCACCUUGCUUUAACAUACUCCCGUGUACAAUCAGACCCGCAUGUGCAGAAAAAGAACAUGACAAGAAUGGCAGCAGCACUCCUGCAACAUGGUGCAGAUCCUUAUGCACUCUUUCGCCAGACGAUCAGACUCUACAGCUAUAUGUCGCGUUACCCUGGUGAGAUACAUGAUGACAAGGCUAUUGAUGAGGAUUUUGACCUGGGAAUCCCUGACAAGGCAGGUGUGUAUCCAUUUAUCGCUGCUUUGUCCCGUAUCAGAAGGUACUGGCCGAACACGGAGCAUCCUGGCGCACUGGAGACUGCAAUAGAUGACCUUCUGGAGGCGGGCGCGAACCCACUGGUCCGCGAUUCCCAGGCUAACACUGCUCUGCAUUACCUGGCGCUGAGCUGGCUGGAUGACUUUGGCGUGCGCGGUGACGAACAGCGACGCCUAUGUCGCCUAUUUCUGGACCGCGGCAUUGAUCCAAAUGCUCGGAAUGUGGACGGGCAAUCUGCCCUCGACUUAUAUUUCACAGCAUUUGAGACCUCUCGGUAUCAGAAUCGGCAGGGAUAUAGCUGGAAUGUAUGGCAGGACAUGGAUGAGCCAUACGCCAAAAUCGACGACGAAGUCCUGAGGAUCUUCGAAAAGGCUGGGGCAAACUUGACAGCACAAGUCUCCGAGGGCCAGACGUUGCUGCAUAUCGUGGCAGGGAAAAGAACGCUGAGGACGUAUGAUAGGCUUUUGCUUCUUCUUUCAAAGGGCCUGGAUCCUAUGGUGCGAAAUGCAAAGGGCGAGAUGGCCAUUGAUGUGGCCAUGAGUCUUGAACCAAGCGGAGAGUCACUGUUCUGA